AUGACAGCUCUCGGCACAGAGACAGACAUCGGAGUCAUCGUCACCGAUCGCGUUCCAGAGAGCGCAGUCGAGACCGCCAUUCCCACCAUGCGUCCCGGACUAGGGCCGAGGAAGCGCGGCCCACGGUACAAUGUCCCGCAGUACCACCGCGUCGGCAAAGGCCGUGUGCUGGGAUUGCCAGCAGGCUUCAAGAUUGAUCGCGAUCACAAGGACGAAGCUACGAUCGUAAUCCGAACCGAUACCGAUAUCUGGCAAGGCGAUGGGUCAAGACAUAAGAGCAAGAGCGUACUCUCCAGAGGAGAGACGAAAGAAACACGAUUUUUCCGUGUGCGCCGUGAGACUGCGUCCGACGCGAGUGAUGCUCGGAAGGACUUCCUGCCUCUGAGUUCUGAAGGCAGCCGAAAGCGAAGAAAGCUUUUGGGCGACUUUUCUGCCAUGGACACGUCAGAUUCAGAGGCAGAAAAAUACGCAUAUCGAUCGAUACAUGGCAAGGCCAAGCCCGAACAGGAUAUAGGCAGUGACUUGGAGAUUGAGUCAGCGUCGGAUCUGAGCGAAAACGAUGGCGUUGUCCUCAACUGGGAGCAGGAAGUGAGACAACGGAAUUCAGAGCUCUCGAGGCGUGUCGAAGAGCACCCAGAGGAUAUCGAUGCUUGGCUUGAGUUGAUUAAACACCAAGAUGCACUCCUUUCUGGCUCCAGGGAGGAAACUCGCCAACUGACUGCUGCAGAGAAGCGAAGUUUGGCAGAUAUCAAACUAUCGCUUUACGAGAAGGCGAUCAAAAAAGUGGGUGCGAAUCCCGCCAAGGACCGUCUUCUGUUGGGCUAUCUAGAGGAGGGUGCCAAACUUUGGGAUUUCAAGAAACUAUCGGAGCAAUGGCAUGAUGUCUUGAAGCGCAAUUCCCGGGCGAUUUUCGUGGACUGCAUGAAGCUCAAUGCCUCGAGUCCCGAUAGUCCAGAGAAAGCGGUCAUCCACGCAUACUUGUUCCUCCGUAUGACCCUUUUCAUGCGGGAAGCGGGUUUCCUGGAGCUGGCAAAUGGUCUCUGGCAAGCCGUCCUCGAGUUCACUUUCUUCCGGCCGGAAGAAUUCAAGCGCGAUUCCGGGGAGAGGGCACUGACGGCAUUCAUGGACUUCUGGGACUCGGAAGUCGCGCGAAUUGGAGAGGAGGGGGCAAAAGGCUGGAAUAGCGACGACAAUGCCAGUCUAGAACCCAGAAUUUCUGCCUCGCAAUCACGUGUCGUGCCAGGGUCGCUAUUCGCGUCGUGGUUGGAAUCGGAGACAGUCCAGAGACGCAACGCUCGUCUUCCAGCACGAACCCUCGACGAGGGAGAAGACGACGACCCUUACCGUGUUGUUCUGUCUUCCGACAUCCAGGAUUUCCUGCCCUACUUCACGGACUGGAAAUCGCCGGAUGUGCUCAUUGAGAGCUUCCUGUGCUUCUGCCGUCUGCCUCCAUUGGCAUCGCCCACUCUGUCAGAAACCAGCAGGUCCUGGAGUGGCGAUCCUUUCCUGCGCAACGAGCUGGUCGAAUCGCCUGAUUCUGCACUAGUUGAGAUGCUGAGCACCCGGCAGUCGGAACCUCACCAUUCACCGAAAGUACUCGAUAGUCCUCCUCUACAGAACGUAAUACACUCCUUGGACACCUUAUUCGCAGAGAAAGACCGUUGGUUUUCUUCGCUCGCGACUUGGAAAACGCUUGUUUUCUCCGACUACAGCCCUAUCGACCCUGACUGGGUGCGUCGCGCGCUGCGACUGUUGGUCGAUGCGUCUCCCGCAGACGACGCACUGGCUGAGUACGUUCUCGCCGUCGAAUUCGUAUGCGAUGCCAAAGAGGCAAAGAAGUACGCAAAAUCAUUGCUGAAGAGAAGAUCGGCCAGUCUCCGGCUGUACAAUGUUUACGCUCUCAUGGAGUGCCAGUCUGGAAAUUCCGCGUCAGCCGCCCAUGUCUGGGCGACGACUCUCUCAAUGAGCACAAGCAUCUCGGACGUGCAGAAGUUGGAAUACGGUCCGCUCUGGCGAACGUGGGUUUGGGAGUCGUUGGAUGGACGGAAACAGGGGGAGGCGGUUCAGUUACUGCUGGCCAUUCCCGGCUAUACUGUCGACCUGAAAUCAUUAGGUGAUGCUCCGACCUCGAGAAUCGCCAGCCCAGCGGAGCUCCUCAAAAGCCAAAGGUUCCUCUCGGAAAGCCAAGAGCAUUCGUUGGCUGUGCAGAACUACAGAGCGUUUGUGGCGUGGACGGAUUGCCUCGCGCUGCUUCUGUACCUUACCCGGUCGUCUGACCUGGGUGCUGCGGUCGACGUAUACAAAAGCGCGUCGGAGCGGCUCGCCCACGUCCCGCAGAUAUCCAAGGCAUCCGUGUCCUACGUUGAUGAACUGCUCCAUCAGUCUCGGGCGCGGUUGCUCUACCACCACGUCGUGGCCAGCCACGCGUAUAAACCAGCCCAGAUCCGUACUCUUCUGCACGAGAGCAUCUCGCACUUCCCCCAUAACACGAUGUUCCUGUCGCUCUAUGCCUGGAACGAGUCCAGAUUCCGCAUCGACGAGCGCGUCAGGGACGUCCUCCGGGAUAUCACGCAAGACGUCCGCAAGCACGACACGGGCCAGUCCGUCCCGGUCACAUCGCACCUGUUCGCCAUCUUCCACGAGAUCCAUCGCCCCGUGUACUCCGGGUCAACGCUACACUCUGCGCGAGCGGCCUUCGAGCGUGCCAUCGGCGACCCGGCCUUCUGGACGGGCGGAAGAUCCGGCCUCGCGGACAACACCAACACGGGGCAAUCCAGCCUCUCGCUCUGGAAGCUGUAUGUGCUGUUCGAGCUGCGCCACAGGGACAUGCGUCGCGCCAAGGACGUCUUUUACCGCGGCAUGCGCGCCUGUCCCUGGUCCAAGGACCUGCUGCUGCUCGCGUUCCGGCAUCUGCGGGGAGAAGACGGCGGGAUGGGCUUUGACGAGCUCCGCCGCGUGUACAACGUGCUGGAGGACAAGGAGCUGCGGAUCCACGUGGAGAUUGACGAGGCGACGUUUGGGAAAGCGGAGGCUAUUUUUGUCCGGGAGCGAAUGAUGAGGGAUGGUAAUAAUCCAAACACUAUGAUCAGCAAAUCCACGAGAUUUGGCCCAGAUCACCAGCAGUCGAGGGCUAGGGAUCUACCGAUCCACCUUCCUGAAGACGCAGAUAGUGGUAGCGAAGACCAAAAGCAAUAA